CAUUCGGGUGUAUGAAGCUGACACUAGAGACCGAAGAGACCAGGCACAGGAAAAAAGCAGAAAAAACACCGGUUUUCGAUUUAAGUGGGUGUUUGGUGACACUGCUACUUCUCAGAAAUGGGUCAUGAAUACCAAAAAUCACUUCAAAAAAUUCAAAUUUUUCUCUUGCUGUUAAAUAUUCAGAGUUUUGUGGUACAAGGCUUUGCGCUGAGGGAUUGUCGAAUCAGUCUGAAUGUGUCUAUUUGUGACAGUGGUAAUCUCGCACAGGUCCCUACAGAUAUUCCUCCAACAGUGAGAGGCAUUGACUUGACCGGCAACAAAAUUUCCAAAAUACAAGUAACAAAUUUCAUAAAUUUUCCAAAUGUAACUGAGCUAAAACUAGGGAACAACCAAAUUUCUAGUAUUGAAAAAGGUGCAUUUUCACAUUUAAUCUCCCUCAGAAAGUUAGUUUUGAACAGGAACAAGCUUACCACACUUGUCAAUGGCGUUUUUGACGGUUUGGGGAAUCUGACAGAGCUGCUGAUAACUUACAAUCAUAUCACAAUAAUCGAACCCAAUGCUUUUAGACCACUUAGAAAACUCAAGGUUCUGAACUUCUCUGGAAAUAAAGUUUCCACUACUGAACAGUUAAGUUUAAUUAUAAAACACACGCCACAUUUGAACGAUUUAACCAUUAGAAGCAUACGGAUGUCGUCUUUUAGGUCGUCUGAAUUCGCAAAUAAAUCCACUGAACUGAGACUGUUAGAUAUUUCUGACAAUCCUCUUAAAUUUUUUCAGAUAACCACAAAUGCUUUCCCCAAUCUGACAUGGUUAAACAUUGGAAAUCCACCACAGAAGCUCAUAAUGCUUUGGGACAUUCCAGAUAAGGCUAUGGUCGCUCGCGUUGACACUCUAGAUAUUAGCAGAUUACAGGUGAACUCUAGCCAAAAAAUGUGGGAUUUGUUAUCAACUUUUAACACCUCCUUGACUUCUCUGCGCGUGGAUUCAGCACGUUGCAAUCUGGCAACGCUAAUAAACAAAUCUUGCUCUAUCCCAACUGUUUCUACAUUACAAUUACGUCAAAAUAACUUACCUCACAUUCGUUCACGUUUAUUUAGCUCGUGCUCAAAUAUAACUGAAAUUGAUCUAAGCAUAUGCGGAAUAAAGGGAAUUGCAAAUGACUCUUUUAUGCCACUUUCACGAUUAGAAAUUUUACGUCUUUUUCGCAAUAAGUUAACCGAAGUCCCUCAAGCAAUAAGGACAAUAUUAUCACUUAAAGAAUUAGACCUUAGAAAUAAUUCAAUUGAGAAUUUAGGGUGUUAUGAUUUUGCAAAUUUGGUCUAUCUUAAACAACUUAGCUUGCAAUGGAACAAAAUUACAUCUUUACAAAAAUGUGUGUUUCAAAAUUUGCCAAGGUUACAAGUUUUGGAGCUGCACAGGAACUUCCUUGCAAAACUUAACAAUGCAUUCCAGACCUCUUUGCCCAGCUUAAAAGUACUGCGUUUGUUUAAUAAUUCACUGGCAACAAUUAAAAAGGAAGAAUUUCGUGGGUUGCCGGCUUUGGAGAACUUGACACUGGCUCAAAAUAACAUACAUAUAUUGGAAAAGGGUUGUUUUUCUGGUUUGAAAAGCCUUCUGAAUCUUCAACUUGAUGAAAAUGACAUUCGCAGUGACACACUGGACGGUUGUUUCAAAGGUUUGGUUAAUUUGAGAAAGUUAAGCAUUGGGAAAAAUCGCAUCACCUAUACCACUUCUUCUCCUCUCAAAAAUCCGCCAUUUUUGUAUCUGUCAAGUUUGGAAAAUUUGGAUUUCCGUUCCCAGCAUAUCAGAGGAAAAGGUGCACUCCCAUCCAACCUCCUUGAAGGUUUGACCAACUUAACAGCGCUCGAUUUUGAUAAUAUUAACAUUGUCGACAUUCCAGAAAAUUUUUUUAACUACACGCCUAAACUGGACUCAUUGGAUUUGAGCGCCAAUGAUCUAAUGGACUUUUCACCUUAUGUAUUUGCUCCAAUCCGCAAUCUUACAAAACUUAGAGUCACCAGUACCAACCUGCGCGCGCUUGAUUUCCUGAUCAACGCAAAACUGAAAAAACUAGACUUCCUUCAAGCUCGAAAAAACGCAUUUUCCGUCAUCACGGAAGACAUUAUCAAGGCUAUACCUAGUAUUAGAUAUGUAGAUUUUCAAUAUAAUAGUUUUACAUGUAAUUGUGACAGCAUGGAUUUUAUCAACUGGAUUUUAACAAACAACCACACUCAGGUAUUUGACGCUUAUAAUUUUAAAUGUUACUACCCACCCCAGAAAAAAAACACUAAACUUCUAGACCUCAACGUGCAGUCUUGUAUAGUAGAUUAUGCAUUUAUUUGUUUCGUAUCUACAACAUGUUUUAACUUGGUAUUCAUGAUUAUAGUGUUCAUUUACCAUUUCAUGAGAUUUCAAAUAGCCUAUGCCUACUACCUCCUCUUGGCUUGGCUUCUCAAUACGAAACACAAAAACAGGAAAGCCCCAAAUCAGUAUGACGCAUUUGUGUCAUAUAACGUCCAUGAUGAAGCCUGGGUCUACAGAGAGCUGGUCCCACAUCUGGAGAACGAUCAAGGCUGGAAGCUCUGUCUGCACCAUCGGGACUUUGCACCAGGGAGGCCUAUAGUGGAGAACAUCACUGAUGCCAUAUAUGGAAGCAGGAAGACUCUGUGUGUGAUCAGCAGACGAUAUCUACAGAGCGAGUGGUGCUCCAAAGAGAUGCAGGUGGCCAGUUUCCGUUUGUUCGACGAGAGGAAGGACGUGCUGAUCCUGGUGUUCCUGGAGGACAUCCCGUCCGCUCACCUGACUCCGUAUCACCGCAUGAGGAGAGUCCUGAAGAGCCAGACGUACCUGAGCUGGCCCGGGACCGGACCAGAGACUCAACUGUUCUGGGAAAAACUCCGAAAAGCUUUAACCUGCACCGAGUCGAAAGCGGCGGACAGACUCCUGCUCACUGUAACAGACGAAGAAUGAGACACAUCAAAGCAAAACUGACUCUUGUGAGCUUUAAGUCAUGUUAUAAUGCUCUGCUCCACCUUGUGAUGUCAUGUAGUGGUAGUUUUCAAGUUAACAGCUCCCGUUUAACUUUUGUUCCGUAGAGAUCGACAUUUCCAGGGCUGUAAUGAUCCAAAGUGAUUCCAGUGAAGGUGUGUGGAGUUUAAAACACAGUGGAGCACUUCCUGUAUUACCACGUGACAUCACAAGGUGGCGUUGGUGGAGUGUUAAAAAUACCUUGGAUAGCAUGUGUUCCCUCCACAGAUCAGACCUGUAACUUAGCUUGUCUCCAUGGAGAUAGAUUAGUUUAAUGCAGCGGUGUCAAACUCAAAUUCACAGAGGGUCAAAAUUUAAAACUGGGACUGUGGGCCAAACUAAGUAUUUCAUGGAAAAUUUCAUCAACAUCUGCAUGUUUUCUCUUCUUUCGAGAUAUGUCUUCUUUCUUAUUAAAAUAAAUGUUUAAUAAUAGUUUUGCUUAAACAUUAAAUCCAGAACAAGCAAAAUAUAAAAUAAUAACACAAUUUUAAAUAAAUAAUACAUCCCAUCACUAAUACAUGUUUGAUAUGAUCUCGAGGGUCAAAUAUAAUUAUAUCGCGGGCUAAAUCUGGUCGGUGAGCCUGAGUUUGACCUGGUUUGACAUUGGUUUAAUGCAAAACUGUGGAACAUUACAAGUCUCACUCUUUUUUAUGGGAAUAUAGUUCAUGUUUUAUAAGUACUAAAUCUAAAUCUUACCUUUCUUUUAAUUGUGUAACUACUGUGAUUUUUUUAUUUUUUUAUUUUUUCAUAAAUAUUUAACUCAAAUUGUGUAAAUAAAUAAACUGAUCUAAAUAAAAACUAAAAAUUA